GGGGCGGGGCCCGGAGAUCAUGGCGGGCGAGCCGGAGGGUUCUCGGGCUUUGGGCGGGCUGCUGAGCGGCUUGGCUCGGGACGCCUUUCACGGGCAGCCGGGCAUCACGGAGGAGCUGCUGCGGAGCCAGCUGUACCCGGAGGUGCCGCCCGAGGAGUUCCGCCCGUUCCUGGCGAAGAUGAGGGGCGUUCUUAAGUCUAUUGCAUCUGCAGACAUGGAUUUCAACCAGCUGGAGGCAUUCUUGACGGCUCAAAUGAAAAAGCAAGGUGGGAUCACAUCUGACCAGGCCGCUGUCAUUUCCAAAUUCUGGAAGAGUCACAAGACAAAAAUCCGAGAGAGCCUCAUGAACCAGAGCCGAUGGGACAGUGGACUUCGAGGCCUGAGCUGGAGAGUCGAUGGCAAGUCACAGUCAAGGCACUCUACUCAAAUACACACCCCAGUUGCCAUAGUAGAGCUGGAAUUAGGGAAAAGCGGACAGUUGUUGCCUCUGAUGGAAGCCAGCUGACGUGUGAGCUGACCUACAGAGACGCCGAGUGCCAAAUCGUUGAGGCAGGCCUCCAGCAAGGACCUGAGUCCUUCAGAGCAACAGUCCCCAAGAACUGAUUUCUGCCAACAACCACGAGCUUGGAUGUGGCCGCAGCCUUGGGAAGAACCCUGAACCAGAAGACCCAGCUAAAUUUUGCCUAGAUUUCUGACCCACAGAAACUGCCUUGUUUUAAUUGUCUGGGUUUUGGGCUAAUUUGUUUCACAGCAAUAGAUGAAAAAUAAGAGUAUUUUCCAUUAAAAAAAAAAGUACCUUGUACAGUAGGAACUCAAAUAUUUGAUUGUUUCAGUUGCCCUGCCCUCCAGCUAAUACUAGUUGUUAAAUCUGAAUCCUUGGUUUUAUUUUAUUUAUUUAAACAAGUAAAAAGCACUUUUUUUUUUUUACUUUUCAUUUUUAAAUAAUUUGAGGCUUAUAAGGAAGUUAUAAAAAAGUACAGAGAAUUUCCAUAUACCGUUCGCCAAGUGUUAACGUUUUAUGUAACCGCAGCACAAUUAUCUGGAAUGGGAAAUUAAUAUUGAUGCAAUGUAUUAUCUAAUCUGAAUAACAGGAGCCCUGGUAGAGCAGUGGUUAAGUACUCGGCUGCUAACUGAAAGGUUGGCGGUUCGAACUCAACCAAUGGCUACAUGGAAGAGAGACCUGACAAUAAAGAUUACAGCCAAGAAAAUGCUAGGGACAGUUCCGCUUUGUCACAUGGGGUCACUAUGAGGCAGAAUUGAUUUCACAGCACCCUACAACAAUAAUAAAUAUACCUAAUUUGAAUAGACUUUAUUCAGAUUUUGUCAUUGCCCCACCGGUGUCCUUUUUUCUGGUCCUGGUUGCAUCUGGGAUUAUAUGUUGCAUUUAGUAGUGUGUCUUCUUAGUCUUUUAACCUGGAGCACCUCAUCCUUCUUUGCCGUUCCCGGUUUCAGGCAGCGGAUGUAAUUAGGUAGCUCAGUAUGGCUGGGGAGGAGACCCAUAAAAGGGUGUGACUAACUUAACUACCUUGUCCUCUGCUCUUUGUGGUGAAACUGAAGUUAAAAUGUGUCAAGAGAGACUAUAAAUUCAGAAAUUCAGCCUGUUGGGGUAGAAACCUUGGGCUGGAGACAGGGUUUUCAAUUUUGGCCUUUUUUGUUGUUGUUGUUGUUUUUGUUUCCGUUAACAGACACACUCAAAUUAUGUCAGGGAGUUGGGAUUUGUUAUAGGGGAACUGAGCUGGGUGUGGCGGCUGAAAUUGCUCCUGGUGAGUCCCGAGAUCACUGCGGGUCUGAGCCUCUCUUUGACUCUCCCUUUGUCUGCUUUCUGCACGGUCACUUCCAGCUCCUGGCACACUUCUGUUCUCUCCCUUUGACUGGCUGCUCUUUCUUGCUCCAUCAUAGCAGCCUGUGUGCAAACGUUUAUUCUCAUGAGUUCUCCAGCCCCUCUCCACAUGACUUUAGUUUCACCUCUCGCUGGUAAUUAAACUGUUUUUCAGUACUUCCUAAGUGUUUCCAAAUGUCCAGGACUGAACUCAUCACUUUGUAAUCAGGCCGUCCAUCUCUGCCUUGCCCGGGAAGUUGUUACAGGAUAAAAUCAAUGGCAGCUCCAAAAACGGCCAGCCGCCAUGUCCGUGCUUCAUGGAUCACUGGUAAAGUUUUUUUCCAUGUACAUAAUAUAUAAUACUUGGCUCUCUGAAAACCAGUUAGGCACUCUGAUCCUGUGUUUUGAAUGCUAGACUGUUUGUUCUUCAGUUCUGUCACACGCUAGACCAGAAAACCAGAUGACACUGGAGGCCGCUUGCACAUGAGGCCAAAAUCACCUGCUUUAUUUCAUCAUCAUCUUUGUCCUCAAAAAAACAUUGUAAUCUCACAUGCUUCAUUCUUUCAGUUUCUCCGGGGAAGCAUGCAGUAAGCUUAGAACGUAGCUUCAAUAAAUGAAAAUUUGUGUUGAACAUCUUGCAGGCCUUAACUGCCGCAGCAUGGACUUACCCAGCACAGGGCUUUGGGCAGAGUGGAAUGGGUGUUCACCACGUGUUUGAAAUGAAUUGUGUUGUGUGUUUCUUACGCUGAUAAAUUAGAAAAAAAGGUGACAUCUUAUAUUUAACGCUUUCUGUAAAAUUUUUCCCAAUAUAUCCCACCCACUCUUGUUUGUUUUUUUAUAAUUUUCAUUGUGCUUUAAGUGAAAGUUUACAAGUCAAGUCAGUUUUUCACACAAAAACCCAUAUAUACCUUGCUACACACUCCCAGUUACUCUUCCCCUAAUGAGACAGCCCACUCUCUCCCUCCACGCUCUCUUUUCAUGUCCAUUUUGCCAGCUUCUCCACCCACUCUUAAUACAUACUACUUCUGUUAAAAUUACGAAACUCAACUAAAAAAUUGCUCAGUCUGUUGAAAUAAGUUAUUGAGAACGAGCCGAUGACGAUCCUUAGUUCUCUGUGAUGUUUAGAGAGAGCCAGAGUAUGUAGUAACCUGUGGCUGUCAAGAUAGGGUGGUUCCUUAGCAUAAAAGUGUAGGAACUUUUCUUCUUGAGUAAACAAAGGUAAAUGAAUAUGGAAGCUUUUCAGAUUAGUCAACAAAGGUAAAUUAAACCUGUUUGCUAUGACUGCUUGGUAAAAUGGGUAUCCUUUCACAGUGUACAAAUGAUUUCAUCUGAAGUUACAUGGUAUUUAAUACUUUAAAUCAUGGUUUGAUAUACAUUUUUUUAUCAGGUCCACAUAAUAAUAUUGUGAAGUGCAUAAAAAAAAAAAUUUUUUUUUUUUUUUUUUUUGUGUUAUAAAUUGAAUUGUGUCACCCAAGAAUAUGCAUUGUAAAUCCUAACCCCUAUACUUUUGGUUAGGAGCUCUGGUGGCACAGUGGUCAAGCUCUUGGUUGCGAACCGAAAGCGGGCAGUUUGAACCCCCCAGCUAGUCCUUGGGAGGAAGAUGUGGUAGUCUGCUUCCCUAAAGAUUGCAGUCUUGGAAACCCUGUGGUUUCCAACCCUACUCUGUGGUGUAGGGUCGCCAUGAGUCGGAAUCUGCUCGGGGGUAACAGGCGUACCUGUGGUCAUAAUCCCAUUGGGGAAUGGGCCUUCUUUGUGUUGUUAAUGAGGCACUAUUAGUACAGGGCGUGUCUUAAAUCUCUUUUGAGAUAUUAAAGAGCAGAUUAAGCAGGUAGACAAUGGAGAAAGAUCCAGGGGACUUGAAGAUCGCUGAGGAAGAGAAGCUGAAAGGAGAAAAGGACCUUCUCCUAAGCCGACAGAGGGAAAGCUUUCCUUAGAGACUGCGCCCUGAAUUCAGACUUCUAGCCUCCUAGCUGUGAGAAGAUAAAUUUCUUUUUGUGAAAGGCAUCCACUUGUGGUAUUUCUCUUAUGCCUAAAAAAAAAAAAAGACCCGUUGCCGUCGAGUCGAUUCCAACUCAUAGUGAUCCUAUAGGACAGAGUAGAACAGCCCCAUAGGGUUUCCAAGGAGUGCCUGGUGGAUUCGAACUGCCUACCUUUUGAUUAGCAGCCAAGCUCUUAACCACUGCACCACCAGGGUUUCCUGUAUUAUACCAACACUAGAAAACUAAGAUGGUGGGGCAGCUGUUACAAUAUCUUUUAAAAAUAUAUAUAUAUGUAUUAUAUAUAGAGAGAGAGAAUUGUUUUAGGUGAAAGUUUACAGAGCGAAUUAGUUUCCCAUUCAACAAAUUGUACACCCAUUUUUCCAGGACUUUGCAAUCCCCACACUGUGUCAGCACUCUCCCUAUUUCUGCCCUAGUUUCCCCGUUGCCACUUGCCCCAUUUCCUUUCCUCUGGAUUUCUUUCCUCUUCCUGCCUUCUCAUCUUUACAGUUGGACAAGGGUUACCCUCUUGGUUUCUUAUAAUUGUUCUACGGAGCACAUUCUUUUCGGGUGUUAUUGUUCAUUUUGUAGGCCUGUUUAUUGCUUGGAAACCCUGGUGGCGUAGUGGUUAAGAGUUACGGCUGCUAACUGAAAGGUUAGUGUUUCGAAUCCAGCAGGCGCUCCUUGGAAACCCUAUGGGGCAGUUCUGCUCUGUCCUGUAGGGUCACUCUGAGUCAGAAUCGACCCGACGGCAAUGGGUUUAGUUUUUAUUUUAUUUUUUUGUCUAUUGCUUGGCUGGAACACGGUUUCCAGGAAUGGCUGCAGUUCCAAGUUAGAGGAGUGUCUUAGGGCCAUAGUCUUGGGGGUUCCUCCAGUCUCUGUAAGGCCAGUAAGUCUGGUCUUUUUUUUAUGAAUUUGAUUUUUUGUUCUACAUUUUUCUCCCACUCUGUCUAGGACCCUCUAUUGUGAUCCCAGUCAGAGAGAUUAGCAGUGGUAGCUGGGCACCAUCUAGUUCUUCUGGUCUUGGGGUUGUGUAGGCUGUGGUGCAUGUGGUCCAUUAGUUCUUUGGACUAAUUGCUCCCUUGAGUAUUUGGUUUUCUUCAGUCUCCUUUACUCCAGUGGGAAGACACCACUGGUUGUAUCUUAGAUCGCUGUUUGCAAGCUUUUAAGACCCCAAACACUACUCACUAAAGGAGUCUCUGUGUCAUGCCAGCUGAUGUAGAUGUCCCCUGAGCCUAUGGCCCAUAGCCUUAACGCCUAGGAUCUUUGUCCUGGGAGGUGUUUGGUUGUGCAUAAGAAGUUUCCAUGACUGUGCCCCUCCUGUGUUCUAUUGUCUAUAUUAGUAUACAUGCAACAUCUAUAAAUAUGUAAAUAGAGAUGUCCACGACCUAACUAUAUCUGCAGGUGGGGGCACUCCCUUAACGGCCUCCCAGGCUUCUUUAGCAUACUUACCUGUUUAUGUGGAGCCCUGGUGACGCAGUGGUUAAGAGCUAUGGCUGCUAGUCAAAAGGCUGGCAGUUCAAAUCCACCGACCACUCCUUGGAAACCCUGUGGAGCAGUUCUGUUCUGUCCUAUAGGGUCACUAUGAGUCAGAAUCGUCUCAGUGGCAACGGGUUUGGUUUUGGUUUUUUGGUCUACCUGUGUAUCCCUUCAUAAAUUAUAGUUUGUUAAUACUGUUGCUACAGGAUUGUCUAUGUCUGUGUUAUAGUAAUUGCUAUAGUUGCCCUUUGUACUUGUGUUCCUUUCAGUGUCUUCCUUUGCCUUUGUCAUAUUGUGUUGAUUUCCCCCAUAUAGUGUAAUGGCCUUUCAGUAUUAUCAUAUGUCUUCUAUCUACAGUCGGCCCUCCAUAUCCACAGGUUCGCAUACGUGGAUUCAGCCAACCACGGAUUGAAAACUUUUGGAAAAAAAGAAGUUCCAAGGAGCAAUAUUUGAAUUUGCCACGUGUUGAGCACUAGGCUGAAUCCACGUGAAUGAAAUGAUGUGUAGGCAUACCCUGCUAUAGCCCACUGCCAUUUCACAGAUCCUUAGUCUCUCUCCAGCACUUACUAUUUGAGCUUUCAGCUCGCGUCUUGUUUGCUAACUAAUUGUGUUGUAUGCACCCUUUAUUUCUUGAAGAAAUGGCUCCUAAAAAGCAAUCCUUCAAAGGCUAAGAGGAAGCAUAAAGUGGUAUAUCUUGACGACAAAAUAAAAAUCUCAGAUCUUUUGAAAAGGUCAGUAAGAACAAAUUGAGCAUUUGCACAAUAAAGCAGAAAGAAGCUGAAAUUCGUGGAUGUAUUAGUGCUGCCCCUACAAUGGCAAAAAAUGAUCUCUCUGUGUCUUAGUUAUCUAGUGUUGCUAUAACAGAAAUACCACAAGUGGAUGGUGUCUUAGUCACUUAGUGCUGCUCUAACAGAAAUACCACAAGUGGAUGGUGUCUUAGUCACUUAGUGCUGCUGUAGAGAAAUACCGCAGUGGAUGGUGUCUUGGUCAACUAGUGCUGCUGUAACAGAAAUACCACAAGCAGAUGGUGUCUUAGUCACCUAGUGCUGCUAGAACAGAAAUACCACAGUGGAUGGUGUCUUACUCACCUAGUGCUGCUAUAACAGAAAUACCACAGGUGGGUGGUGUCUUAGUCACCUAGUGCUGCUGUAACAUAAAUGCCACAAGUGGAUGGUGUCUUAGUCACCUAGUGCUGCUGUAACAGAAAUACCACAGUGGAUGGUGUCUUAGUCACCUAGUGCUGCUGUAACAUAAAUGCCACAAGUGGAUGGUGUCUUAGUCACCUAGUGCUGCUGUAACAGAAAUACCACAAGCAGAUGGUGUCUUGGUCAACUAGUGCUGCUGUAACAGAAAUACCACAAGUGGAUGGUGUCUUAGUCACCUAGUGCUGCUGUAACAGAAAUACCACAAGUGGAUGGUGCCUUAGUCACCUAGUGCUGCUGUAACAGAAAUACCACAAGCAGAUGGUGUCUUAGUCACCUAGUGCUGCUGUAACAGAAAUACCACAGUGGAUGGUGUCUUAGUCACCUAGUGCUGCUGUAACAGAAAUACCACAAGCAGAUGGUGUCUUGGUCAACUAGUGCUGCUGUAACAGAAAUACCACAAGUGGAUGGUGUCUUAGUCACCUAGUGCUGCUGUAACAUAAAUGCCACAAGUGGAUGGUGUCUUAGUCACCUAGUGCUGCUGUAACAGAAAUACCACAAGCAGAUGGUGUCUUGGUCAACUAGUGCUGCUGUAACAGAAAUACCACAAGUGGAUGGUGUCUUAGUCACCUAGUGCUGCUGUAACAGAAAUACCACAAGUGGAUGGUGUCUUAGUCACCUAGUGCUGCUGUAACAGAAAUACCACAAGCAGAUGGUGUCUUAGUCACCUAGUGCUGCUGUAACAGAAAUACCACAGUGGAUGGUGUCUUAGUCACCUAGGGCUGCUGUAACAGAAAUACCACAAGUGGAUGGUGUCUUAGUCACCCAGUGCUGCUGUAGAGAAAUACCGCAGUGGAUGGUGUCUUGGUCAACUAGUGCUGCUGUAACAGAAAUACCACAAGCAGAUGGUGUCUUAGUCACCUAGUGCUGCUAUAACAGAAAUACCACAGUGGAUGGUGUCUUAGUCACCUAGUGCUGCUGUAACAGAAAUACCACAGUGGAUGGUGUCUCAGUCACCUAGUGCUGCUAUAACAGAAAUACCACAGUGGAUGGUGUCUCAGUCACCUAGUGCUGCUAUAACAGAAAUACCACAGUGGAUGGUGUCUCAGUCACCUAGUGCUGCCGUAACAGAAAUACCACAAGUGGAUGGUGUCUUACUCACCUAGUGCUGCUGUAGCAGAAAUACCACAAGUGGAUGGUGUCUUAGUCACCUAGUGCUGCUAUAACAGAAAUACCACAGGUGGGUGGUGUCUUAGUCACCUAGUGCUGCUGUAACAGAAAUACCACAAGUGGAUGGUGUCUUAGUCACCUAGUGCUGCUGUAACAGAAAUACCACAGUGGAUGCUGUCUUAGUCACCUAGUGCUGCUAUAACAGAAAUACCACAAGGGGAUGGUGUCCUAGUCACCUAGUGCUGCUGUAACAGAAAUACCACAAGUGGAUGGUGUCUUAGUCACCUAGUGCUGCUAUAGCAGAAAUACCACAAUGGAUGGUGUCUUAGUCACCUAGUGCUGGUAUAACAGAAAUACCACAGGUGGAUGGUGUCUUAGUCACCUAGUGCUGCUGUAGCAGAAAUACCACAAGUGGAUGGUGUCUUAGUCACCUAGUGCUGGUAUAACAGAAAUACCACAAGUGGAUAGUGUCUUUGUUACCUAGUGUUGCUAUCAGAAAUACCACAAGUGGAUGGUGUCUUAGUCAUCUAGUGCUGCUAUAACAAAUACCAUAAGAGAAAUUUAUUCUCUCACAGUCCAGGAGGCUAGAAGUCUGAAUUCAGGGUGCCAGCUCCAGGGGAAGGCUUUCUCUCUCUGUCGGUUCUGGCAGAAGGUCCCUGUCAUCAAUCUUCCCCUGUUCUAGGAGCUUGUCAGCAAAGAGACCCAGGUCCAAAGGAUGUGAUCCACUGCCAGCGCUUCUUUCUUGGUGGUAGGAGAUCCGUUUCCUCUCUGCUCCAUUCUCUCUUUUUACAUCUCAAAAGAGAUUGACUCAAGAUACAACCUAAUCCAGUUGAGUCCUGCCUCAUUAACAUAACUGUCUCUAAUCCUGCCUCAUUAACAUCACAGAGGUUUGUAUUUACAACGCAGAGGAUAAUCAUAUCAGAUCACAAAAUGGUGGACAAUCACAAUACUGGGAAUCAUGCCCUAGCCAAAUGGAUACUCAUUUUGGGGGGACAUAAUUCAGUCCGUAGCACUCUGGCUCAUGAUGAAGUGCUUGCAAAGGCUGAGAAAGCAAUAAGUGUUAAGUGUGAACAUUAACAACUAUUUACAUAACAUUUACAUUCUAUUAGGUAUAUAAAGAACUUGAGCAUCCACAUAUUUUGGUAUCCACUGGGCGGGGGCGGAGGGCCUGGACCCAAUUUCCUGCAGUUUCAGAGGGGCGAUUCUAUUUACUGACUUCCCUUCCCUCCCCUCCGUUGUGGACUGAAGUGUGUUUAGUAGUAAGAAGGACUAGAACUGACAUGGUGCCUCUUGAGCUAGUCCAAAGUUCUUCGCAGCACUUACGUGGUUUGAACUUUGACAUCAGCUCUGAUUUUCCUGAAGCUUUUUGUAGAUGUUUGGUGGUUUUUCCUAUCAGUCAGCUCCACCCUACUUUUCUUAGGAAUUUAAGGUUUAUUUUCAAAGAUAAAUUAAGUUCGAGGCUUGAAUUCUAUGUGGCACCUGGGAUUCAUAAACCUGGCCUGCUGGUUGAUUACUGCUCAAGUCCUGGAAAGUCGGUGGUAUUUAAAAAUAUAAUUUUUUGGUACAACCACCUUGGAAAUUGAUUUGGUGCUUCUUAAAAAGCUAGAAAUAGAAUUACCAUAAGAUUCAGCAAUCCUGCUCCUUGGAAUAUAUCCUAGAGAAAUAAGAGCCUUUACACGAAUAGAUAUAUUCACACCCAUGUUCAUUGCGGCACUGUGUACAAUAGCAAAAAGAUGGAAGCAACCAAGGUGCCCAUCAGCUGAUGAAUGGAUAAAUAAAUUAUGGUAUACUCACAUAAUGGAAUACUACUCAUUGAUAAUGAACAACGAUGAAUCCGUGAAACAUUUCAUAACAUGGAGGAACCUGGAAGGCAUUAUGCUAAGUGAAAUUAGUCAGUGGCUAAAAGACAAUUAUUGUAUGAGACCACUAUUAUAAGAAUUCAAGAAAUAGUUUAAACAAAGAAGAAAAUAUUCUUUGAUGGUUACAAGAGUGGGGGAUGGAGGAAGAGGGGUAUUUACUAAUUAGAUAGUAGACAACAACUAUUUUAGGUGAAGCUAAAGACAGCACACAAUACAGGAGAGGCAAGCACAACUGGACUAAACCAAAAGCAAAAAAGUUUUCUGAAUAAACCAAACACUUCGAAGGCCAGCGUAGCAGGGGCGGGGGUUUGGGGACCAUGGUUUCAGGGGACAUCUAGGUAAAUUGACAUAAUGAAGUCUAUUAAGAAAACAUUCUGCAUCCCACUUUGGAGAGUGGUAUCUGGGGUCUUGAACACUAGUAAGUGUCCAUCUCAGAUGCAUCAAUUGGUCUCAACCCAUCUGGAGCAAAGGAGAAUGAAGAACAGCAAAAACACAAGGUAAUUAUGAGCCCAAGAAACAGAAAGGGCAACAUAAACCAGAGACUGCAUCAGUCUGAGACCAGAAGAACUAGAUGGUGCCCAGCUACAACUGAUGACUGCCCUGACAGGGAACACAACAGAGAACCUCUGAGGGAGCAGGAGAGCAGUGGGAUGCAGACCUCAAAUUCUCAUAAAAAGACCAGCCUUAACGGUCUGACUGGGACUAGAAGGACCCUGGAGAUCGUGGUCCCCAGACCCUCUGUUGGCCCGAGACAGGAACCAUUCCCAAAGCCAACCUUUCAGACGGGAUUGGACUAGACUAUGGGAUAAAAAUGACACUGGUGAGGAAUGAGCUUCUUGGCUUGAGUAGGCACAUGAGACUAUGUAGGCAGCUCCUGUCUGGAGGGGGGAGGAGAGGGUAGAGGGGGUCAGAAGCUGGCUGAAUGGACACAAAAAUAUAGGGUGGAGAGGAGUGUGCUUUCUUAGUAGAGGGAGAGCAACUAGGAGUAUAUAGCAAGGUGUAUAUAAAUUUUUGUAUGAGAGACUGACUUGAUUUGUAAGCUUUCACUUAAAGCACAAUAAAAAUUAAAAUAUAAUUUUUAUUUUAUGAUGUUGGAGAGGUGGAGAGACCGGAACACUUAUACACUGCUAAUAUAAAAUGGUACAACCACUUUGGAAAUCGAUUUGGCACUUCCUUAAAAAGCUAGAAAUAGAACUACCAUAUGAUCCAGGAGUGCCACUCUUUGGAAUAUAUCCUAAUAUAUUCAUAAUAAGAGCCAUCACACGAGUAGAUAUACGCACACCCAUGUUCACUGCAGCACUGUUCACAAUAGUAAAAAGAUGGAAACAACCUAGGUGCCCAUCAACAGACGAAUGGAUAAACAAAUUAUAUAUUCACACAAUGGAAUACUACACAACAAUGAAGAACAAGGAUGAUCGUGCAUGAGACAGCUCAUAACAUGGAUGAAUCUGGAAGUCAUUAUACUAAGUGAAAUUAUUCACAAAAGGACAAAUAUUAUGUGAGACCACUAUUAUAAGAACUCAAAAGGUUUACCCACAAAAGAAAACAUUCUUUGAUGGUUAUGAGCGUGGGGAGGGAGGGAGAGGGGAAUUCACUAAUUAGAUUGUUGUUGUUAGGUGCCCUCGAGUCGAUUCCAACUCAUAGCGACCCUAUGCAAAACAGAACGAAACACUGCCCUGUCCUGCUCCAUCCUUAAAAUCAUUGUAAUGCUUGAACUCAUUGUUCCAGCCACUUUGUCAUUCCACCUCCUUGAGGGUCUUCCUCUUUUCCGCUGACCCUGUACUUUGCCAAACAUGAUGUCCUUCUCCAGGGACUGAUCCCUCCUGACAACAUGUCCAAAGUAUGUAAGACACAGUCUCUCCAUCCUUGUUUCUAAGGAGCAUCCUGGUUGUAUUUCUUCUAAGAUAGAUUUGUUCCUUCUUUUGGCAGUCCAUGGUGUAUUCAAUAUUCUUUGGCAAUACCGCGAUUCAAAGGAGUCAAUUCUUCUUCAGUCUUCCUUAUUCAUUGUCCACCUUUCACAUGCAUAUGAUGUGAUUGAAAAUACCAUGGCUUGAGUCAGGCUCACCUUAGUCUUCAAGGUGACAUCUUUGCUCUUCAACACUUUCAAGAGGUCCUUCAGAGCAGAUUUACCCAAUGCAAUGCAUUGUUUGAUUUAUUGACUGCUGCUUCCAUGGCUGUUGAUUGUGGAUCCAAGUAAAAUGAAAUCCUUGACAACUGCAGUCUUUUCUCCGUUUAUCAUGAUGUUGAUCAUUGGUCCAGUUGUGAAGAUUUCUGCUUUCUUUAUGUUGAGGUGCAAUCCAUACUGAAGGCUCUGCUCUUUGAUCUUCAUUAGUAAGUGCUUCAAGUCCUUUUUACUUUCAGCAAGCAGGGUUGUGUCAUCUGCAUAACAUAGAUUGUUAAUGAGUCUUCCUCCAAUCCUGAUGCCCCCGUUCUUCUUCAUAUAGUCCAGCUUCUCGGAUUAUUUGCUCAGCAUACAGAUUGAAUAGGUAUGGUGAAAGAAUACAACCCUGAUGCACACCCUUCCUGACUUUAAACCAGUCAGUAUCCCCUUGUUCUGUCUGAACAACUGCCUCUUGAUCUAUGGAAAGGUUCCUCAUGAGCACAAUUAAGUGUUCUGGAAUUCCCAUUCUUCACAAUGUUAUCCAUAAUUUGUUGUGAUCCACACAGUUGAAUGCCUUUGCAUAGUCAAUAAAACACAGGUAAACAUCCUUCUGGUAUUCUCUGCUUUCAGCCAGAAUCCAUCUGACAUCAGCAAUGAUAUCCCUGGUUCCACAUCCUAUUCUGAAACCAACCUGAAUUUCUGGCAGUUUCCUGUUGAUAUACUGCUCCAGCCAUUUUUGAAUGAUCUUCAGCAAAAUUUUGCUUGCGUGUUUUAUUAAUGAUAUUAUUCUAUAAUUUCCAUAUUUGGUUGGAUCACCUUUCUUGGGAAUAGGCAUAAAUACGGAUCUCUUCCAGUUGGUUGGCCAGGUAGCUGUUUUGGCAUAGAUGAGUGUUUCCAGUGCUGCAUUUGUUUGUUGAAACAUCUCAGUUGGUAUUCUGUCAGUUCGCAGAGCCUUGUUUUUUGCCAAUGCCUUCAGAGCAGCUUGGACUUCUUCCUUCAGUACCAUCUGUUCCUGAUCAUGCAACCUCUUGAAAUGGUUGAACAUCGACUAAUUCUUUUUGAUAUAAUGACUCUGUGUAUUCCUUCCAUCUUCUUUUGAUGCUUCCUGCGUCAUUUAAUAUUUUCCCCGUAGAAUCCUUCACUAUUGCAACUUGAGGCUUGAAUUUUUUCUUCAGUUCUUUCAGCUUGGGAAAUGCCGAGCGGGUUCUUCCCUUUUGGUUUUCCAUCUCCAGCUCUUUGCACGUUAUUAUAGUAUUUCACUUUGUCUUCUCGAGUCACCCUUUGAGAUCUUCUGUUCACUUCUUUUACUUCAUCAAUUCUUCCUUUUGUUUAGCUGCUCGAUGUUCGAGAGCAAGUUGCAGCGUCUCCUCUGACCUCGAUCUUGGUCUUUUCUUUCUUUCCUGUCUUUUCAAUGACCUCUUGCUUUCUUCAUGUAUGAUGUCCUUGAUGUCAUUCCACGAUUAGAUAGUAGACAAGAAUUGUCUUAGGUGAAGGGAAGGAUGACACACAAUACAGAGGAAGUCAGCACAAUUGGACUCAACCAAAAUCUAAGAAGUUUCCUGAAGGCAGCCAAACAUUUCGAGGGGCAGAGGUCUGGGGUCCAUGGUUUCAGGGGACAUCUGGUUCAGUUGGCAUGGCAAAGUUUACUAAGAAGUUGUUCUGAAUCCCACUUUGGUGAGUUGUGUCAGUGGCCUUAAAAACUAGUGAUUGGCCAUCCAAGAUGCAUCAGUUGGCCCCAGUCCACCUGGAGCAAAGGAGGAUGAGGAACACCAAAAUACUAGGAAAAUAUGAGCACAAGAGACAGAGUCACAUAAAUCAGAGACUGUAGCAGCCUGAGACUAGAAGAACUAGAUUGUGCCCAGCUACUACCGAUGACCACCCGGACAGGGAACACAACAGAGAGCCCCUGAUGGAGCAGGAGAGAAGUGGGGUGCAGAACUCAAAUUCUAGUAAAAAGACCAGAUGUAAUAGUCUGACUGAGACUAUAGGAACCCCAGAAGACGUGGCCCCCUAGACUCUCUGUUAAUCCAGAACUAAAACCAUUCCCAAAGCCAACUGUUCAGACCAAGAUUAGGCUGGACUCUAAAACAUAAAAUAAUACUUGUGAAGAGUGCUUCUUAGUGCAAGUAGAUACACAAGACUAAAUGGGCGGCAGGGACUAGGAGAGGGCAGAAGGGGAUAAGAGCUGGUUGAAUGGACACAGGAGAUCCGGGAUGGAAGGGAGGAGUGUGCUGUCAUGUUAUAUGGAUGGCAGCUAGGGUCACAUAAUAAUGUGUGUGUGAAUUUUUGUAUGAGAGAAUAACUUGAGCUGUAAACUUUCACCUAAAGCACAAUUUUAUAUAUAUAUAAAUUUUUAUUUUAUGAGCUGUGUGUGUGCCUCUGCAGAAGAGCACAGAGUAGUAAUAUGUUAACGGUUUACUUAGGUGAGUGUGGACAGGAAGUUUAUGCUGUACUUUGCACUCAAGUACAUUUACUUAUGCCUAUAAAUCAGGAGGAAACCCUGGUGGCAUAGUAGUUAAGUGCUAUGGCUGCUAACCAAAGGGUCGGCAGUUCAAAUACACAGGCGCUCCUUGGAAACUCUUAUGUGGCAGUUAUACUCUGUCCUGUAGGGCCCCUAUGAGUUGGAAUCGACUCGACGGCACUGGGUUUGGUUUGUUUGUUUUUUUUUAUAAAUCAGGAAGGGUCCCUGGUGAUGUGUUGAUUAAGCACUCGGCUGCUGACUCAAAGGUUAAUGGUUAGAACCCACCCAGUGGCUUCAUGGGAGAAAGACCUGAUAAUCUGCUCCUGUAAAGUUUACAGCCUAAAAAACCGUGUGGGGCAGCUCUAUUCUGUCCCAUGGGGUCACUACGAGUCGAAAUUGACUCGACGAUGCCCAGCAACAACAACAACAUAAAGCAGGUGCCUGCCUCCUCUGCGUCUGCUUCAGAGAUGAGUCCACCAGCAGCAUCCUCUGGUCACGAUUUCAUUUCAGGAACCAGUUGGGAACCUCGAAAUAAGCAUUGCCAGUUGUGUAUCCAUUUUAGUGUUUCUGGGGCACUGGGCUGCUUUGGGGAGGGAGGGUUGGCUGUCCCCCACUCCCCAGUUUAACUAGAGGAGUGUGUGUGCAUGAGUCAGUGAGUGCACGUAUGUGCAUGCACAUGCCUUCGUAGAAGAUUUUAUUGGAAGAAAGUGUUUACGUUUAACUUAGGGAGGAAUGGCCUAGCUACUUGUUUCUGUGUCAGAAUUACAAAUGAGAUGGUAGUGUUACCAAAGAAAUGGAAUGUUCCCCCACUUCCCUUCUCCUCAAAUCAUAUCACAGAGUGAUGGGAGUAUUUCAGUGAAUAGUAAGCCCUCUGUGACCGUGAUCUAUGGACUUUUACUCUCUUACCUCCAUCGAUAACGUGCACACAUUUGUAACUGUAAGAGUCUUAGGUGCGGUAGCUGUGUAGAGGCCAUUUUAGUAGUUAUUCGUCUUAUCCAUAUUUGGAUUGGAAUUUAGUUUUAUGGAUUUCACUUGGGGAAUGAGUCACAAGGUAUUUUAAAUUGUGCUUCUUGGAGCCAUGAUGUUCCUUAGAAGUCCCUUAAGGUCCGUCAUGAGGGAGGAAAGAGGGAGCUAAAGAUACAGGGCUCUGGCCCCAAUAUCUGCUUUAGUAGUAGCAACUCCAGUUUUAUUGGGUAAAUUAUUGGGGCUCCAUAAAAUAUUUCAUUUAAGAGAGUUUUCUGGGGCUAAAAUAAGAUUUCAUACCACCAGAGUAGUAGAAAGACUUAGGAGUUAGGAAACCUACUCUCUAUUUCUGGCUAUCCCAUCAACUAGCUCUAUAGUGGUAGACAGAUCACUUAACAUAUCUUUCUCAGUUUUUUAUGUAUUCUGUCUACCUUACAGAGUUAUUUUGAGGUAGUGGUUUUAAAAUCUUUAUGAUGAGUCAAAAAAUAUAGUCAUGAAAAUAUUGUUACUACUGGCAACAAUAACGGAUAACUGAAAAAUCCAAAAUGAUUUUGAGUUUUUUUGGAGAAUUUAUCAUAAUAACAAGUAAUGGUUUUCUUUUUCCAGUUUUCUGUGAUCUGUGGGUAUUAUUUCCUCCUUAUUUUUGUAAAAUUGCCAGCCUUCCUUAAAACUUUAUUUCUAAUGGAAGAUAGUGACUAUAUAUAUAUAUAUACACACACAUAUAUAUACACACACACAAAUGUAUAUAUGCCUGUGAGUGUGUGUAUGUGUGUAUAUAUGUAUUGAUUUUCUUUCAGUUUCUCUGUAAAAGCUAAAUAGAAAAAUGAAGCCUAGCUUGGAGAAAACUUAAUUAACUUUCCCUGCCAUUCUCAUGAGAAAUCAAGUCCAGGAUACUUACGUUCAUUUCUCGCGUUUCAAAGGCCAGAAAUUGUGCCUGAAAAUUAGGUUAGCACAUUUCUGAAUCUGACUGUUAGUUUACUCUGUUUAGUUGAGUUGGCUGCCAUUUCCUCUCUGCCUUCUUUCCUGCAAGCAGAGAAUAUGAAUUUCAUGUUUUCUUCAGAAAAUCUCCCCUAGUCUGUAAAUUCAUUUAAAUCGCACAGCUUGUGAAAUCACAGGAACAAGUAUAAAGAAGAGUUGUUCUUCAGAAAAAGUCUCAGUAACUGUGGUCCAGCCUUAAAGAGAACAAGCCUGUGCUCUUUCCUGUUACCUGAUGGAGUAUCAGAAUGGCCACUGUAUUUGGAGUUGAUUAGCAAACUUGACUCCAAGAGAAGUAGUAAUAGUAUUGUAGGCUUAGGUGGUGCUGGCUGAUUUCCUAGCUCUUGCGCAGAAUAUACCCUUAAAUGUCAGGGGAAAUAGCUGCUUCUUGUAUCAUACCAGCAGGGUUGGACAUCCCAAGUGACAGUUUUGAGCAUAGCUGGCUAGUUUCCUUGAAGUGGUUAUGGAAAUAGAGGAAAUCACAGCCUCAUCUGACGCUCAGAGGAAAAUAAAAACUAAAUAUACCAAAAGGUAGUAUUUCCUAUUUUCUGGAAGUUAACAAAAUUAAAUAUUUAAAAAGAAGUGUUCUUUUUAUCUAAGCCACUUUCUAGUGAACAAAAAAAUUCCCUUAGAACCAGGAGUUUCCAUAGCGAUUAUGAAGCUGGUCCCCAUGUCUCUCUGCUCACUUCUCUCUUUUGUCUCUCAAAAGAGAUUGGCUUAAGACACUGUCUAACCUUGUAGAUCUCAUCAAUAUAACUGCUACUAGUCCAUCUCAUUAGCAUCGUAGUGAUAGGAUUUACAGCACAUAGGGAAACCACAUCAGAUGACAAAAUGGUGGGCAAUCAUACAAUACUGGGAAUCAUGACCUAGCACAGUAACAUGUGGUUUUAUUACCCAGAAGUCUUUCUCAGAAAAAAGUAUAUAGCUAGCAAUUCCAUAAUAAUUACAAUAAUAGCUGCUUGUUGAGUACUUCUGUGUCUCAGUUCUUAAAACAAUAUUUUAAGAUAGAAAUUAUUAUCCUUAUGUCAUAAAUGAUGAAGCAGAUUUAGAGAGUUUAAGCAGUGUACCCAGGUCAUACAACUAAGUAGGAGGACCAGAGGGUUGGACACAAUUCUCCCUGGCUGUAAAACUCAGCUUCUUUCCCUACCCAUGCUCCCUCUCAGUGGAGACUCAUUUAUGAAUGAUUUGUGAAAUCUGUCUCUUACUUGAUCAAACAUACAACUAAGCAAACUGGUAGUCAAGACGCAUUGAUGCUUAUCGGUGAUUGGAACAUGAAAGUUGGAAACAGAGAAGGAACAGUAGUUGGAAAAUACAGCCUCAGUGAUAAAAACAGUGCCAGAGAUCACAUGGUAGAAUUCUGAAAGACCAAUGAUUUGUUCAUUGGAAAUAUUUUUUUUCAACAACACAAAUGACAACUAUAUACGUGGACCUCGCCAGAUGGAUCGCACAAGAAUCAAACUGACUACAUCUGUGAAAAGAGAUGAUGGAGAAGUUUAGUGUUAUCAGUCAAGACAAGCCAGGGGCCAACCGUGGAACAGAUCGUCAGUUGCUCAUUUGCAAUGUCAUGGAUUGAAUUGCGUCCCCCCCAAAUUUCUCUUAACUUGACUAGGUCAUGAUUCCCAGUAUUGUAUGAUUGUCCACCAUUUUGUCAUCUGAUGUGGUUUCCCUAUGUGCUGUAAAUCCUAUCACUACGAUGCUAAUGAGAUGGACUAGUAGCAGUUAUAUUGAUGAGAUCUACAAGGUUAGACAGUGUCUUAAGCCAAUCUCUUUUGAGAGACAAAAGAGAGAAGUGAGCAGAGAGACAUGGGGACCUCAUACCAUCAAGAAAGCAGCACCAGGAGCAGAAUGCCUCCUUUGGACCGAGGGUUCCUGUGUGGAGAAGCUCCUAAUCCAAGGGAAGAUUGAUGACAAGGACCUUACGCCAGAGCCAACACCCUGAAUUUGGAGUUGUAGUCUACUAGACUGUGAGAGAAUAAAUUUCUGUUUGUUAAAGCCCUCCACUUGUGGUAUUUGUUACAGCAGCAGUAGAUAACUAAGACAUGCAACUUCCAGUUGAAACUGAAAAGAUCAAAGCAAGUCCACAAGAGUCAAAGUGCAACCUUGAUUAUAGCCUACCUGAAUUUAGAGACCGUUUCAAGAAUAGUUAUGAUGCAGUAAACACUAAAGACCAAAGACCAGAAGAGUUGUAGGAUGACAUCAAGGAUGUCAUAGAUGAAGUAAAAGACUAGUAAAAACCCAAGAAAGAAAAGACGAAAACAGGUAUCAGAAGAGACUCUGAAAAUUGCUCUUAAGUGCAGAGAAGCUAAAGCAAACAGAAGAAAUGAUGAAGUAAAAGAGCUGUAUGGAAGAUUUCAAAGAGUGACUUGGGAUGACAGGGUAAAGUAUUACAAUGAAAAUGUGCAGAGACAUGGAGUUAGAAAACCAAAAGGGAAGAACACCUUCAAUGUUUUUCAAGCUGAUAGAACUGAAGAGAAAAUUCAAGACUUGAGUUGCAAUACUAAAGGAUUCUAUGGGUAAAAUAUUGAAUGACACAUGAAGCAUCAAAAGAGGAUGGAAGGAAUACACAGAGUCACCGUACCAAAAAAAGUUGGUUGAUGUUCAGCCAUUUCAGGAGGUAGCAUAUGAACAAGAACCACUGGUACUGAAAGAAGAAGCCCGAGCUGCACUGACAGCAUUGGUGAAAAAACAAGCCUCCAGGAACUGACAGAACACCAGUUGAGAUGCUUCCACAAACAGAUGCAAUGCUGAGAACACUUAAUUCGUCUAUGUUAAGAAAUUCAGAAGAUAGCUACCUGACCAAUCAACCCUGAUUCGUGACCAUUCCAAAGAAAGUGGAUCAAAUGGAAUGUGGAAAUUAUUGAACAAUAUCAUUCAUAUCUCAUGCUAGCGAUUUUUCCCUUUUUAUUUUGUUUAUUCUUAUUGUACUUUAGAUGAAGAUUUACAGAGUAAACUAAAAAAAAAAA